CUCGCCAGCCCCCGUCCUGGAGCCCCCCUCUUGCUCUUGCUCCUGUUCCUGUUCCUGUUCCUGUUCCUGCUCUCGCGCUCGCUCUUCCCACAGGCACCCCUCAUCUCGUCUUCAUCGCCAAUGACUUCAGAAAAGCCCCUUGUUUCGUCCGACUCGUCCUCGAAGCCGCCAGAGGAGAGCUGGCUCUCCAUCGACCUGAUCGAUGACCGGCUGGCCAUCAGCGGGCUGCAAGGCGCCCGCAAUUGGGAGCUCAUCCGCGACCUCGGCAUCGUCUACAUCAUCGACCUGACCGACACCCACUACUACACGGCCUUUCCGAAAUUCAUCAAAUACCACCAAAUACCCAUGAAGGACAACAGCUCCGAAGUCAUGCUCAAGAAGCUGCCACACGUCAUCGAAAUCAUCGAUAAAGCCGUCGAGGCAAAGGACGGCAAGGUCCUGGUGCAUUGCGUCGCCGGCGUGAGUCGUUCCACCACCGUUUGUGUCGCCUGGCUCAUGAUGAGAGAUGGCCUGUCAGCCCAAGCCGCCCUGGAAAAGGUCAAGGCCGUCCGCAGUGUUGUCAGACCCAAUCCCAGCUUCAUGGAGCAGCUCAAGUGUCUGGAAGAGUCCGAAAACGAUCCUAGCGUCGCCCUCAUUCGGUAUCGCGAGAUUCAUCCUGAGCCACCGGCGAGCCAUCUGUGUUGCAGCCUGAUGUGAGCCGCUGCAGCAUACCCGCAGACGCCCGGCUCCUGGGUCUCACACCAACACCUCAGAGUGCACCCGGUCGACUCGGUCAACAUCCUCCAAACCCUGGCGCGAGAGCGCAACCCAGCAGCCCUAUCCGCU